AUGGAACCAGCACAGACGCAGCUGGCUAGAGCCUGUCCAGCUUUGGUCCAGCAUGCAGGAACAUCGAACCCUUCGAUUCAUUCCGACCGCCUGUCACUCACCUAUAUGGCUCCAUGGAAUUCAUUCGAAACGGAGGCUUGCCAAAUGUUCCAAGAAGCUGGUAUUGCCCAUGAAGUUUCACUGAACGACGAAACGGAACUUUACACAGUAGGUAAUGAGCUUGGCUUAACCGGGAGGUUCGUCCGCAACGUUUGCGACCCUGUGAUCAAAGCCCUCGAACCGGUGCAAGGUAUGGCGUCAAUUCGAUUUGCCGAUUUUCAAGCAAUCUCCACCCCAGAAGACACUGUUCCAGAUGUAUGUUUGGGGUUGGUUGGGACCAGCCCUCAUCCUGAUCACGUUCAUCUAGUCGGAGAGAUGAAGACUCCAUGGAGUAUUACGGACCGACAUCUAGAUCUAUCUAGAACAUCUGCUCGUCUCCCGGCACUGAUCGGACAACUUGUUGCUCAAAUGCGCACAUGUUCCACUCGAUUUGGAUUUUUAUCAACCUAUACCUCUACCGUUUUUGUCAAACGAGAAGCCGAAUUGUCCUUUCUCCUUUCAUCACCUAUUUGGUGUGGCGCUACGCAGCCUUCCCUUCGCCAGUUACUUGCUGGCUUCUGUCUAAUGGCCGUGUCGGAGCCAAAGUUCGUUGAAAGCCCAUCAUUUGAGCCAAGGAAUCUACGAGGCCCUCCUGCUCGUCGCGAGUCUUCCCGUAUGCUUGGAAAUCCCGCUAACCCAUUCCCGUCGAUGCCGAACCAAGAAGAAACUAUCACAAAAAAUAGUGUGAUCGUCAACACUGGCGGAUCUACCCCUACGGUCGUGAACUGCCUUCAGAAGUUGUCAGACCCAACUGUCCAAAACAGGGCGACCUGGCUAGCAACUAUGGGUGGAUCUAGGGUGAUACUCAAGUGCUGGAGUCUUGAAUGCGAUGAGCUGUUUGAGGGGGAAGCGGAAUUUUACGAGCGCAUGUGGGCCAAUCGGCCGGCCGGGCAUCGAAUCUUCGCCAACUGGAUUUUCAGAGGGGAGAUUAUUUGCUCAAGUCUAUUCCCAUCAGGCUAUGCUCUCAUUCUAGAGAAGAGAGACGGGAUCCGACUUGAUCGGCUAUGGCAUAAUCUAUCUGAGAUUGAACGAGCUUACGUUCAGUCAGAAUGCCUUAUUGGUAUUCAUGCUUUACGAAAAGUGAACAUCUGCCUUGAUGACCCUGGAAAGCACAAUAUUCUCUAUGACAGAGAUCGACGUAUGGUGACCAUGCUUGACUUUGAAAUUGCGCAAGAAUUGGAAAGUCACAUGUAUAUCUCGAACUACUUUGAGAUGGAAAUCAUAUUUGGCACCGAACUUCUGUUGGGACGUCCAUCUGGAGGUUAG